AUGGGGUGUCUGGAGACUAAAGUUAAAGUUAAAGGGGUUGAAAGGGUAAAGAGGAAGCUAGGAACAGAGUGGGAAAUUGUAACUGAUUACAUCUCAACUCUAAAUGGAAGAAUCUGGGUAUGCUGGAAGCCAUCACUUGUAGAGGUCAAAAUCCUAAUGACUGGUAGCCAAAUUGUCCAUUGUCAAGUUAAGGACAAAGGGUCACAGUUUAGCUGUCAUACCACCUUUGUAUAUAGUUUCAACACAGUGUCAUGUAGAAAGAAAAUCUGGCAACAUUUGAGGUUGAUCAAUACUACUAUGACUGAACCGUGGAUAGUAUUAGGAGACUUCAACACAAUUUUGACAACUAACGAUAGAAUUAAUGGGGCACUUGUACAACAGGCAGAGAUGCAGGACUUCCAGGAUUGUGUUGAAGAUAUAGGGCUUGGUCAAAUCUGUAGAAGAGGGUGCAAAUAUUCCUGGUCUAACAAGCAUGUUCCUGAAGAUAGAAAUUACAGCCUCAUAGAUUGGGCAAUUGGUAAUCAGUACUGGUUCAACAAAUACAACUCCCUUGUGGCACAUUAUUACCAACAGGGAUGCUCUGAUCACUUUCCAAUUCUAAUAUCUACUGAGGUGGCUAAACAUACACUGCCUCGACCUUUCAGACUCUUCAAUGUCCUGCUCAAACAGGAAGCAUUUGCAGCAGCCACUCAGUCUAUUUGGAGACAACAAGUACCUGGUCACAUUAUGUAUGCAAUAUGCAAGAAGCUAAAACUCCUUGAAAUUUUUGUGACCCAAAUGAAUAGAGAAGUGUCCAAGUUGGACCACAGAUUAGAGCAACUACAUGGUAAGCUUCAAGCUGUGCAAGAGAAGCUAGAAAUUGAUCUAUAUAAUCCUCUCCUCAACAAGGAAGAAAAGAAAGUCCUAGUAACUCUGGAAAAAUGGUCAGAUAUUCAUGAAAGGGUACUUAGACAAAAAUCUAGAGCUACAUGGUGA